AGCGGCAGGGAAACACACCCGUCAGCAGCGCGCAUUGGAGACAAAAAGCGCAUCACGGACAAAGGAAAUAUGGGUGCGCUGGAGAGGAUUCACCUCAGCCGGGAAACACAAUGGAUGAGCCGCUUGUGUUUCAUUUGCCCGGAGACCAAUUAGCCCACCUUAAUGAGGUGCUGGGAUGCAAGAUACUGCAAGCUAAAAAGGCGGAAGGCUGCGUUUAAUCCGUCUGCGGAUCCUAUGAGCUUGCAAUGGCUGUGGCGGGGAUAUGCAACUGGAUAGGGAAUAAUGUGCCUUUUUAUUUUGUGAUAUUUUCUUUAUUUUGUGGCCUUUCGUUUGGACAAUUGCGAUAUUCUAUUACGGAAGAACUCGAAAAUGGGGCACUGGUCGGUGAUCUGGCGCAUGACUUGGGGCUGGAUAUUCGAAAGCUCACCACCCGAAAAAUUAAGGUAACCUCCAACAGCGGUAAACGCUACGUGAUUGUCAACCCCAAAAAUGGGAAAUUGCUCGUCAAUGAAAGGAUCGACAGGGAGGCACUGUGUGAUCUAUCCAACACCUGCCUCAUUAAUCUGGAGGUGAUGGUCGAAAACCCCACUGAGGUGCAUCAUGUCGAGGUGGAGAUUGUGGAUGCCAAUGACAAUGCGCCGCAGUUCCCCAGAGACGAGUAUCAAUUGGAAAUCACAGAAUCUGCUUUACCGGGGUCUCGUUACCCAAUAGAAAACGCUCAAGACCCAGACAUUGGGUCCAAUUCAGUCCGCAUGUAUCAGCUUAGCACAAACGACCAUUUCGCGCUGGUAUCUAACAAACCCUCCCUAAAUACAAAGCACAUCGAGCUUGUGCUCAAAAAGCCCGUUGAUCGCGAACAGACGCCUUACCACCAAUUAAUUCUAAGUGCUGUGGAUGGUGGGACGCCAGAGAAAACAGGCACGGCCAAAAUUAAUGUCCGAGUCCUGGACUCAAAUGACAAUGUUCCCAUGUUUGACAGCUCAGUGUACAAGGUGAAACUGUUGGAAAAUUCACCCAAAAACACCCUGGUAAUUAAACUGAAUGCAACUGAUCUGGAUGAGGGCACCAAUGGAGAGGUUUAUUACUCUUUCAGCAGCUACACUCCUGAGAGAGUCAGGCAGAUGUUCAGCAUGGACACUAAUACAGGAGAAAUAAGAGUGAGGAGCAAUGUUGACUAUGAAGAGACCAACUCCUAUGAGAUGUACAUCCAGGCGAUGGACAAGGGCCCUGGGGCUGUGGCAGCACACUGUAAGGUAGUUGUAGAGGUGGUGGACGUGAAUGACAACGUCCCCCAGAUAGUGCUGUCAUCUCUGUCGAGCCCUGUGAGAGAGGAUGCCCGUGCAGACACAGUCGUGGCCCUCAUUAGCGUUACUGAUCGAGAUUCUGGCUCUAACAAGCAGGUGAGCCUCGAGAUCCCAGCAGGCCUUCCUUUCAAGAUCAAGUCAUUCAGAAAUUACUACACUCUGGUUACCUCAGCCUUCCUGGACCGCGAGACCACUGAUGCCUACAAUGUCACUCUGAGUGCCACAGAUGGAGGAAACCCUCCCCUUUCCUCACAGAAGACCAUAAAGGUGGAUGUGGCUGAUGUUAAUGACAACCCACCGCGAUUUGAGCAAACUUCAUAUACCGUCUAUGUGGCUGAGAACAAUGCACCCGGGGCCUCUUUGUGUACUGUGAAAGCUCAAGAUGCAGACAUCAAAGAGAACGCACGCAUCACCUACACAGUGCUCAAUGACAACAACCAUGGCAUCCCUGUCACCUCGUAUGUGUCUGUGAAGGCCGAUACAGGGGAGGCUUAUGCCCUGCGAGCCUUUGACUAUGAGUCACUGAGAGAGUUUCACUUCCAGGUCAAAGCCCAAGAUGGGGGCAUUCCCCCACUCAGCCGCGUCGCCACCGUCUACAUCUACAUAAUGGAUCAAAAUGACCAUGCACCAUUGAUAGUAAACCCUCCCGGCAAUGGCACACGCUCCUUGGAAACGGUACAAAAGAAUGCAGAGCCUGGUGCCAUGGUGACCAAAGUAGUGGCUUACGAUGCAGACGCUGGUCCAAAUGCCUGGCUGGUGUACGUGCUGGAGACGGCCACUGACCUGGACUUGUUCAAGGUGCAUGAACACACCGGUGAGAUCAGGACCACUCGGAGGAUCCUGGAGGACAACUCCACCUCCUUUGCUCUAACCGUUGUAGUGAAGGACCAUGGGCAGCCUAGUCUCUCCUCCACCGCCACCAUCAAUGUGGCUGUCAUGGAGGUGCCACCUAAAGUGGUUCCUGACCCCAAGAGGAUCAUCAAACCCCACAGCACACUGCUUUUCUCCAACGUGACCCUCUACCUGAUCGUGGCUUUGAGUGCCACCACCUUUGUUUUCCUGGUCACUGUGGUGGUGCUGGCCAUCGUCCGCUGCCAUGCCUACUGCACCCAGCCUGGGUCCUGCUCCCCUUGCUGCGUGUCACAGAAGCCCCCUCCAGAUGGUGGGAGUGCCAGCGUAAGUGCAGGUGGGGGAGCCGGUGGUGGACCCGUGGCACAACCUAAUAACAAUGUGGUGCUUCGGAGAGACCUUAAAGUGGAGCCUCACUACAUCGAAGUGCGUGGGAAUGGCUCCCUAACAAAGACUUACUGCUACAAGACCUGUCUAACAGCCACCUCUGGCAGUGACACGUUCAUGUUCUACAACACAGGACGUCCCAUCAGUGGCACCUGGGGCAGCGGUGCUGACCGCUUCUUCACCAGCGGAAGUGGCUUUGUACGCAGACUGAGCAUGCCUGAUGCCUCCAUGCAACUCUGCCCAGAGCCGAAAGCCCCGAAUGCUGACUGGCGUUAUUCUGCAUCUUUGAGGGCAGGGAUGCAGAGUUCGGUCCACAUGGAGGAGUCCUCUGUGAUGCAGGGAGCCCAGGGGAUGCUGGUCCAGAACUGGCCCACUGUGUCCAGCGCUGCAGAUGGAGAUGGCGGUGAACUAUCACCCCCAGUGGGCGCUGGAGUCGACAGCAACAGCUGGCACUUCAGAUACGGCGCGGCACAGGGCUACUGCCCUCCUCAGCCCCUGAAGCCUGGAGAGAUUCCCCCUGAAGCCUUCAUCAUCCCCGGAUCCCCAGCCAUCAUUUCUAUCCGCCAUGACUCCGGCCCUGUGGAUGACAAAGGUGACUUCAUAAGCUUUGGCAAGAAGGAAGAGGCCAAGAAGAAGAAAAAGAAGAAGAAGGACAAGAAAGACAAGAAGGAUAAAGGAAAGGAUGACGGGGGGGAUGAUUAGAGGAGAAGGGGUGACUUAGAAACAGAGCUACCAACAAACUACCAUCCCAAUUACAGAGCCAGAAAAAAAGCCAAAUGCAUAUAAUAGAACUGAGGGAGCCUCCUUGCACCAUAUUUGCAUAGACAUUGUACAGUGGCCAAACCCUCAUUAGACAAGGCCUGGCUCCCCACACCCUGCGAACUUGCUAAACAAACAUUUCUCUUUCUUCUCUUAUUUGGCUCAUAACUUUGGCCUUUAAAAGUUGAAGGUUUAUGGCAAACAAAUGUUCUUAGGUUGGACCAAAUUAAAACAGAGAGGAUUUUAUUGGAUUAGAUUAGCCUUUCUGUGAUUUGCUGCCCCCGCCCCCCAGUUUGUAUAAUAAAAACAAAAACACCUGAAAAGGUGUACUAUUUGUAUCUGACCAUUGUCAGCUGAGGCUGCCUGUGUUGGCAUCUCUGUCUUUAUGCAGCCCCCUUCCUUUUUGGCUCACCUAGUUAAGAGGUGAAGUGGAAAAAAAACAACAGCAAAUGAAAUAGAGGCUUUUGAUUUCAGCAUUAUGGAGGCCUUGUAGAAAUUCAGAAAAUGUGGUCUUUUGUAAAAAAAAAACAAAGAAGAAAAAUGAAAAAUUAACAACAUACAGUAUAUGUACCAUGAGAUUAGCACCUUUAACAGAAUGAGGUAGCUGAGACAAGCAGGACCACACUCGAAUAACGAGCUCUGUUUCAGUGUAACAUAGCACAUUGCUGAGGCUGAGGACCUGGACUGGGUUGCACCAACUAUGCGCAAAUUUGUUCCCAGAUUAGGGUAAUGGAGUGGCUUCAUGACUGCUAGUUAAUUUGCAAUUAGCAAGUUACUAAAUUCGAUUGUACUCAAUGGCUGUAACUAGUUAUAACAUUAAGAUUUCAGAUGAGUAGUCAAUCGGUAAGAGCGUUACCUUGCUGAUGGGUGCAAACCAAAUGGAUUUGUAGUUGACUAGAUUGGUAUGAAAAUUACGAUUGGUAAAUAGAAUCCAUAUUUGAAUCUUAAAGGACAAUAUUUGCAUGUUUUAGUCCAUUAUCUGCAAGUUUUGUAUGAUGAUUUUUUUUUCCAAAGCCGUUAUGUUUUGGCAUUCUUUAAAGUAUUAUCUUUCAGGCAGUCAUUGGGUGUUUUUUUUGUUUUGUUUUUUUAAAUUAGCUGAGACUCUUUUACAUUCAGAAAUUCAUCAAAUUGAGCACAGAGUCUGGUUAUAUUUCUGUCACAUCACAUGGUAACAUAGUGCAGUAUAUUAUCACAAUAACAUACCUCUGGCAAAAUUGAACUCAGAAAUGCUGGACUCAUUAUGUGGAACUCGAGAAUAGUUCCAAGCAAUGUGUUAUUUGUAGAGAAUGGGCAGAAACAUCCAUCAUCGUCCUUUAAGUUGCAAAAUGACAUGGAAUUAGUAAAGAAAAACAAACUCUGUGUGCAAAAAAAAGAAAGAAAAAAAAUCCUGCUUUACUGUUAGUGAGUGCAAUUGUGUGACUUUGUAUCAUUUGCACCUGCUUUACUGCUUGCUUAACUAUUUAGUUGUUACUUAAGGUUACGUUGUAACAGAUUUUUGUGGUGCUACCGCUUGUGUUUUAGCAAUGCGUGAAUCUGAGUUAGUGGCUAUUGGGAUAUAACUGAGGGAACCUAUACGUGCAGCUGAUGCAACCGGCCCCUGUGCCUUGCCUCUUCUCUUGGAAUACGGCACAGGUCAAUGGGGUCUUAAUCCCACUGUGUAUCAGCACACCCAGUCUGACACACACAUUAUUGUACACAAACACUGACUCCCUCUGCCUCUUACUCACACACAUACACACACACUCUCAUUCUCUUACACAUAGACAUACAAACACUCACAAAUAUACUAAAAGAAUACAUGCCCCUGUCUGGAAACUGAAGGCCAACGCCGUCCUUAAUAUGGGAGUGUAUUAUAUGGCUGGGACGCAGGAACGUUGCUUGUUGCUUCAUUUCUGUUCAAGCCUGAUCCCUCUACUUCUGUCUCUGAAUGUUAAGUAGUUGUUCUUCAAGCCCUGCACCACUGCCUCGACUGCUUCAGUGCUUGGAGGAUUUGCUUGCCCGCUGCCUGUUUCCUCCCUCUACUCCCGUUUCUUCAAAUCAACAUGGUUGGUCGACAUCUUUCAAGUCACUCUACUUCAGUGAACUGUGCUGUCGUAACACAGCGACAUUUGUAUAUUUGCAUAUUUACAAUACACACAUAGACAUGUGCGCAUAUGCUUCACACACUACAUACACAGCUUUUGUUAGGUUCAACUUCAGCUUAGCCUAGGCGCUUCGGCCAGAGUGUCUCUUCCGAUUGCUUGUUGUUGGCAGCUCUGUCAUCUCUCGCAUAUUGCACUGACAAGUUAGCAAAAUCUGAGAUUAUGCUGUUCUAGAUGUAUUGAGACAUUGUAGGGUAUUGUGUAGAUAAAGAAACCACAGCAGAGUUGAUAAGGAAGGUCAUUCCUCUUUUGCAGUUUAAGCAUUGCAGUUAUUCCUGUGUCAGCCAUUAGUGACAGCUGAUCAACUUGGGUCUACUAAAACACUUUCAAAAUAAAGUGCAGCACAGUUCAGCAGCAGUGGAAAGACUCGUGGUUGACUUUUAAAGGGAGGGAAAUCCACUUAGGGUUUAAUGGAGAUGCAGCACACUGCUGACACGGUGUAGCAACAUGAUAGAUGAUGACAAACUUGCAAGCAGAGAUCAACACAAGUCAAUAAUAAAACUUUUUUCGUCUUAUUUUGACAAUGUUGUGACCCAAGUGUGAUCCGUGUGAAAAGAUCAGCCCGGCCAUUGUGAAACCCAGGUGUAGCGUGGUAGAGAAAAAGUAUUGCGAGCAGCAGACGUUGGAACAACAGAAACAUAAUGAAAAGUGUCAUAAAAUCUCACCUCAGUGUUCCUUUUUUUAGAACAUCGUGUUAAAAGUCACAGUAAGGGUAUAUAGGUGCUGCUAUCAGGCUCGAUCCGUCCCAUGCACACGUGUCUUUUUACCCCCCGCCCCGUCCUCCAGGUGUACUUCUGUGCUGUCAGAUCACCAAGUGGCUGUUUGCAUGUUAUAAGCAAAGGAAACAGAUACUAUAUAGAUACUAUAUAUACAUAGAUAUGUUUUUCCACUGGGAAAUGCGUAUCGGAAUACAUAUACCUCUGAUACACAUUCUCAAAGACAACACACACACAUUGAAAGACCCACACUCAUCCACACAUUCAUACAUACAUAAUAUACGCUAUUGCGAACAGUAAUUUGUGGAAAAACCUAAAAGAAACACAUUUUUUAUCCUGUUGAAAAUGAAUUUAAUCUUCUAGAUAUACAUAAUGCUAUUGUGUUAUGCUAUGAAAUGCUUUUUUUCUGUUUUUACCCUUUUGAUUUUUUCAUAGAUAAGAGAAUCAACCCUUAAAGUUGUGUUAAGUUUCGAAAUGAUGAUCAAACCAACACUAUUGUGAAAUCAAAUCAUUUACUCACCCUCCAUAUCUAUCCCUUGAAAAACAAACGUAAAACAAAAGGAGAAAAAAAAUGUUAAAAUACAUAAAAAAUGAUUUUAAAAAAAUAAAGUUGAUGUAUUCUCUGCUUGUGUAUAGUGAAUGUUCCUCAGUCUCUGGGUGUGGCAGUGAGUGGCACAUACCGGUCGACUGUGACAGUGCAGAUCUGUUAAUAACUUUUUUUUGUACACCUGCUUAUCAUUGUAAAGGUGAUAAUAGUGAUUAUUAUGAUUUCAUCAAUCUGGUAAUGUGUUUUGUUAAUAAGUCACAAAUAAAGUUUUUCUUAAAUAUCUUAAAA